ACAGUGUACACCUAGCAACGGCCCACCAACAUGGCGGCGGCUGGAGGGGUACUGAUCGCGGAGCAGGCCCCCUCGCUCCCCGAGCCCGUUCUCCUCACACAGAUCGAAGUAGAGGAAGAACCUAACACCGCUACGACCGCAGAAGAACGUGUAGAGCCUCCAGAACAAGUCCCGGAAUCGGCACCGUCAGAGGCACCCGCCCCGGAGCCGAAAACUACCGAGGAGGCACCCGCCCCGGAGCCGCCGAAAACAACCGAGGAGGCCCGAGCUGCCGAGGUGGUCAGUCAAGAAGUAACGAAGUCGCUGGACUUUCUGAGCCAGCGUUCCGUGGGUUCGCAAGCCGUGAUUCCCAGACCGAUUCUGUCCAGGAGAGCGAAGAAAGUAGAGGAAGUUGUCGGGUAUAAACCACCAGUGGAGGACCCGCUAGAGACAGCCAUUCUGUACGUUCAAGAGAAGGGAAUCCUGUACAUAUUCCAGACACUGCUGGAGCGGCUCGUCUUCCAGAAACCACCCAACCCGCUGCAGUUCCUGCGGAAAGAGAUAGUGGCGCUGCAGGAGGAGCUCCAGGAAUACGAAAAGCAAAGAAUGAAGAGGGUUGCCGCUAUGAAGAAAUAGGGUUCGACCCAGUGGACAGAAACAAGCCAUAAUUUUUUUUUACAAAAUGGGCAUAAAGACAUGUUGAUUUUCAGGCUUCAUCUGGAAACAUUUUAAAGCGUAAUUUGCUGUAUUUGCUGCUGUGUUAUGAAGAACCAUUUCCUGAAUGGUUUAAAUGUGAAUACAACACUAUAGGUUGACAAUAUAUAUGUGUAUACAGAUUCAGAAAAACAUGUGGUACUAGUAGUUAAACCGAUGUGUAUAGUGUAUAUUGAAAUUAAGAGAAAAUAAAUAUCCAAUGCUGCUGUCUGCUUUCUUUGGAUAUGUACAUGUGUCCA